ACGCUCUCCGCCAAUCACAGGCUCCGAUGAGAGACACGUGAUUGUGCGGACGAAAAAAACGGAAAUGUUUCAUCACAACAACGGAAGUGUCCUCGGUGUGCGGGUAAUUUAAAAAUUCGCGAGGGUGUAGUGAAGUUUAGUCGCAAAGAGGAACAGUGAUGAUGAGCCGGCUGUUCCGCGCCUGAGUGAUCGAGCAGAUGUGCGCAUGCGCUCAAUCUACAGCGGCGACAUGACAACAAAGAGACUGGCGAAAGAGCUGGGUCUCCUCCGCCAGCGCAGUGCAUCAUCUUCAUCUGCUCAGCGGUCUUCAGUCUGCAAGCAGCGCUUCUCCUUCCUCAUCAUCAUUGACUUUGAGUCCACCUGCUGGAGAGAGAAGAGCAGCAGCGGUCAGGAGAUCAUCGAGUUCCCCGCGGUGCUGCUGAGUGUGUGCAGUGGAGCGGUGGAGUCGGAGUUCCACUCGUAUGUGCAGCCGCAGGAGCGUCCCGUACUGUCGGCCUUCUGCACGGAGCUCACCGGCAUCACACAGGAUCAGGUGGACUCCGCCCCUCCGCUGCACAUCGUUCUGUCCCUGUUCAGUCGCUGGCUGCGGAGCCUCCAGGAGGAGAGGGGCGUGGUCUUCCUGACGGACAGCGCAGGCUCCGCCCCCUCCGCUCAGCUCUGUGCGUUUGUCACAUGGUCAG